AUGUUUCGCAGGAAUAAAAAAAAGGAGUUCGUUGAAGAAAACUCAAAGAGGAAAUUUUUGUACCAUAAAGAACUGGCCAAGAAAGUCAAGCAUUUAAAGCUCCUAAUUGUUGAUCUUGUACAGGAUUUGUUAUCUUCAUCGAAUCCUGUAUCUGUCCAAGUAAAUGGGAUGCGAAUAUUUCUACUUUGGUAUCAAAUACUUGGGGAAAAUGCAAUUGUGGAGUGCACGGACUUGUUUAUCCGCCUUGUGCCAGAUUUUGGUAGUGUCCAUGAUACGUACAAGUCACAAAAAAAUAAAUCAUCAAGCCCGACAUUAGUUAGCUGCGAUGGUGAUUGUCAAAAAAGCAAUCGUAAUAUGGCAUUUUACCCAAGGAUGGAUUCAAUGCCACCUGCUGCUUCUGCUCCGAUAAGUGAUGAGCGGAAAAAUUACAUUCUUCUUCGAUACCUUCUUCGAUUUGCGGUUACCGAGGUGGAUAAAAUCCAGUGGAAUUCAAGUGCUUUUGAUCGGAGGCCAAUGUGUUUUUGGUUCAUCUUUGAGCAACUCAAACGCUACUAUUUUCCUGCUAUCUUUCCAAAGAUUUCUGUGAAACACAGUCUCUACUACGGAGGUGUAUUACCAGCAAUGAUAAAAAAUCCUCUGGAUUACUCUCUUGCUCCUGAAGGGUACACCCUUUCCGCUACCCGUCUUGCUAUUUACCAGGAAGAGGUCGUGCGAUGGUUGUCUGAAUUUUUAUAUACUGGUCCACGUGCCUUUUUACCGAGUUUGAGGCCCAGCUCUAGCACAGGUGACUUGCGCAAUCAAACAGCAAGUGAUGGAGUUGGGUUGAGGAAUCCGCAUUCUAGCGAGGGAAGCACCUCAGGAAUCGACUUAACCAGCCAAUCAGACCAACAGCGCCCUAACAUUAACGUGCAAGACCACCGAACUACUACUCCCCCCGCCGAUGUGCCUUUAUCCUGCUCGUGCAGCGAAACGUCGCCCCAGCAACAAUCUUCCCAGAUUUCGUCUUCACUUGUGCUGUCUGGCCAACGGCAGCAACGUCGCAGCUCUGCCGCUUUCAAAAAUCUGCUGUCUAUCAUGGAGAUUCGUCAAACGACUCCUGGCUACUUUGCUGAGCAUUCGGUAAUGGCGUCACAGCGAACGGUUUUUUUGGAACCCGUUUUACCUAUACUUCCGGAAUGGAGCUCUGAGUACUCUUCUAAAAUGAUCGAACGAGUGCGUGACAUCCUCUUUUACUCGCGACAGAAUAUCAAUCUCAUCCAUGCAGUGUUCUACCAUGCUUCUUUACUUCCAAUUGAUCGAUACAAGGCACUCUUUUGCCUCAUUCUCGUCUACCGUUCGUGGUUGAAGGACAAGAUAGUGUUUGUGAAGGACGCAGACACCAAACACGUGCCAAGCAAAAGCGCUAUACAACCAAAUUGUGGACCGGGUUCAAAUCUUAAAGACAUGAGACGCCGCCGCGAAGUAAUUCAGUCGACGGUUCUCUCCAAUAGGAGCCUUUCUAAGUUACCUAACAAUUCGCCUGCCCCUUCAACACAACAUUCACUCCCAUUUCCACACAAUGAUGUCGGUGGAUGUUUGCAGACAACUUACCAGGUGAUGUUUACCAAUCUGGCACACAUUUUCCUCCGCGUCUGUCCCCCGGCCUGUGUGGUGACUCUGGAGCUGACGGAUAGGGUGCAGGAGACGCCGGUGGAUUUUGUCGUCCAGCAAAUUGCAUUGUGCACUCUCAUUCUCGACACCAUCGUCCAACCGCUGACUCAGUCCAACGCCCUCAGCACAGAAAGUUGGGAGAAAUUACUCUUCACUUUGAUGCAUAUCAUUUCGGAGGUGAUGUCGAAAAUCUAUCAGACGGACCAAUUUGAUUCUCAUUGGGUAUCAAAUGAUAAACUUUUGGGCAAAAUGUUUCAGACUCUCAAUACGGCCUGUAUUUAUGCAACUCUCGCCGCACCAAUAUCCUCAUCUACCUGGGAUACGUGCCUGAGCAUUUAUUCCAAGCUUCCAGAUUGUCCGGCCCUCUUUCGAGAGUGGAAGGCAACUAUGGAUUUUCUGACGCGUCAACUGGGAAAAAUAGUUUUUGAUGUGGACCUCGCCAAUCUUCCCGAUGAAACGAAAACCAAUCGAGGAAGGCGAGCUUUGGGUAAAUUAGGUGCCGCUUCACAAUGUAUGGGUCCAUCUCGUAUUGCUCCAAGGGAAAGGCGAAAUUCUGCUGAUGUUAAUGCUGUUGGUAGUGUUAUGUCAGGCCUGCCGGACAUUAAGUUGCCUUCUAAGGCAUUCGAUUUGGAAGAAUCCGCUUCCAAUGAGGUUACCUCGGCUGUCGUGGGACAGGAGACACCGGCAGUGGAGUUCAGUCUGACCAGCAGUUCUGACGAUGCCGAAGCGGUUAGCUCCGAUAAAGCUGCUGAAUGCUUGAGUCCUGCUGAGGGGAUAGGCAUCGCCUAUCAUGAAUCAUCCAACUUCUCGGAUGGUGGCAGUAGUGACGUUGAUUAUUAUCCCCAAAAGCAUCAUAUUUUUGUGCCCUGGACUGAAACUCAGAUGAAUGAGGCCGAUGUGAAAGACAAUGAUGGUGUGGCACUGCCAUCCUCUGGGACGUCGAACAAUGGAAACGGCAAGUUGAUGAAUCAGACCCAGUUCUACUACAUGGAAAAUCGCACUCUCGAUAACGCCUAUGAGUCAGAAAAUGUCAUUCAAACGGCCUUGACGCGUAGCAAUGAUCUUCGCACCGUACGACCCCAAACUAAGACUAGAAAUGCGCAGUUGGAUGAUGUAUGGCAAGGCCAACACUUCUCAGAGAACUUGCCAUUCACUAAAACACUAACGCGGGUAUCCAACUCAGAGAUGUCUUCACGAGCGUCCACGUUGAAGAAACCAACUCCCCAGUGUUUAAAGGGUAAUAGCGUUUUGGCCGGUGGGAAGGAGAUGGGCUGGAACCCUGACUCCGCUGUGGUCUGUUGGCGCCGCUUUCUCGGUCUGUUGGGCGAUUUCAGCCACUUCUCAAGCCCUACUGUAAUGGUCGAUGUCUUCGCGUACCUCGAUUCACUAACUGACUCCCUCCUCGCCAUUGAUGCCUAUCAACCGCUGGAACUUUUGUCAGACGGAACCGUGAAAGCGCCCACUAAUCGUCCUCCCAUCGACUACCUUGUGCCUGUCUAUCUGAAGGUUUUGCAAAUGUCCCCCGAAUUCAUCGAAGGAAAAAAAUUGGCUAUCGGUAUUUUGAAGAAGAUUCUAAUCGCGCAGCAUGAUCUCGAACCGAGCGAAGAACUGUUGGCCCAGUUCUACCGUAUUCUGCAUCAUUUACUCACCCAGAAAGAAAGUAACUUUGCUAGUGAAGUUAUUCGAUCAGACUGUGGAAAGAUCUUCAGCUACUCUUUAUCUGGUUGUGGUCUGCUGACAUUGGACUUUAUUCAGGCUGUUGACGAAAUCCUCUGUCAGCCUUCUUCAGAGGACGAGACCUUACGCACUCGGGCAAUGUCCAUUCUCGUCGCUCUGCUUCCGUUUCAACAUCACUUUGGACCACUGAAAGUAUUCGAUCCCGCUCUACGUGAGCUUAAAGUGAAGGAGACUGACGAUAUCAUCCCUUUCCUGGCCGCUCAACUGUUUCGUGGAGUCGUGGCGGAGGCAAAUGAGGGAGCGCGUCAGGUGGCGAUCUGUGGUCUUCUAAUGAUGUGCUACUCCAAUCUCACUAGACAAUCGGUUUUGCGCUUCGCCUCGGCCGAGAAGGCUACCUCUCUACGCACUUGUCUCGUCACUCUGCUGCGCUGUACUCGCCUCACCAACCGCGCUGUCGCCCUCACUGCCAUGAGUAUGCUUCGCACGCUCACCGAGUGCUCGGAGACCAUCUUUGACAUCAACCCCACCUAUCCCAUCCUCAUCAUUCAGGCAACUCUUGACCACAAACAUAUCAACCUUGAUGGAAUGGACAGUGAAAAUACCAAUGCCGCUUUUGACUUCACCGCGGAAGGAGGUGGUCAAGAAUGGUCAAAGGAAGUUACCUGCCUCUGGGUGGUCUUCUCGGUUCUCGAAUUCAUCUGUUCUUCUUCCGCUACGUCCGUUCAGUUGGAACCAGCGGGUCCUGGUUGGGUGCCCGGCUGCCCGAUCUCCGAUCCUCUUGCCGAUGAAGUUACUCCAUGGUUUCCCUACCAACUGCUGUCUGUUGAGCAGAAGAAGAAAUUCACCGAUGAGCUACGACCAACCGUGGGUGGUGGUGAACGUCACUCCCACCUCGUAGAGGGGGUUUUUUCCGACCAAAGCUACUUCCUGACACCAGCUCCCCUCACUCCGGAGAGCAUUCGGAUGGCGGCCCGGUUCGCUCGCUGUCAACUCUUCUGCCAACUCGGUCGAUACCCCUUGUCAAGUACCAAUGAUAUACUCGAUUCCCGUGUUCAGGAGCAUCAUGAUAGGAAAACGACUGUAAGCAAUGCAGAUGAGGAGCUGACUUUUGAAUCGUUUGAUCAGCCUGACGUACAAAUAUUUGUCGUCAAUCGAUCCUUCUUGGUGUCAAUUUUCACUGUGACUUCAUCUCCUGAUAAAUCCAACAACUGGGCCUCGGGAACCGGACAUGCGGUCAAUACCGAAGCCUUCAGAGAAGACGUUGCAACAGACCUUUGUAAUGUGCGCGUGAUUGUGAGGGACGUCGUGGGCAAGUACGCGUGGGAUGCUACCCACAUCUAUGGCCUAAUGCCGAAGACUCAGAAACGGGCACCAUCGCCCCCACCCCGUCAGCGAGCCCUUUCAAUCAACCUGGAAGCUAUCGAACCUAAUGGCGAUGAGCAGAACACCAAGGCUAAGGUGGACUUCCUCACCAAGCUUCUUGAAGGCUUGAUCUUGCAGCACCCUGAGCUUAGAUCCCAAAUCCCACUUGAAAACACCAUUGCGGUUGGUGCAGCUAAUACCAGCAGCUGCGUGGCGAACCCAGCGUUCGAAAAAUGGGCUUUUCAACGGAUUUCCGCUGCGAUUAAGAACGAAAAACGGAUCCUUGGACGCAACACUGAGAAUCUGUCUUUGCCUUUCUAUGGCAAUGGUGCUGAGGAAACGAUGGAAACGACUGAAAUGGAACAGUGGUCUAAGCUUAACCAGAAAUACAAUGUCAUUAAACAACUUCUGUGUCAACUCGGUUUUUUAUCGCAAAGUCGUCGACCUUCUAUCGAAUUGCUGAAGAAGUCUUGGGGAUUAGUCCGUGAAAUUAAGAACCUUGACAAGCGGCGAUCGCGUCAGACUCACAAGAUAGCACUGGUGUACAUUGGACCGGGACAGGAGGAAAAACAAGAUAUAUUGUCGAAUCUGCGGGGCUCCAUCGAGUUUCAGCGGUUUGUCUCCAACCUCGGUUGGCCCAUAAACUUGGCCAAUCACCAGGGCUUUACGGGAGGUUUGCAGUACCCCGAGGAUGGCGACAUCGCCACUUACUUCGCCAGUCCCGCAGUUGAAGUCAUCUUUCACGUCUCCACUCAUAUGCCUUCUGCUACUGAUGAGGAUCGACAUCGAAUGUUUAAACACCUUGGCAAUGAUGAAGUGAUGAUCAUAUGGACUGAGCACUGGCGUUCUUUCCGAAGAAGUAGCCUUCGCACAGAGUUUGGUGAUGUACUCAUUAUUAUCUCACCGCUUUCCAGUGGUCUGUUUCGAAUUGAAAUACGCAAGGAGUCGGAGAUACCAUUCUUUGGUCCCCUUAUCGAUGGUAUGCUGGUUUCGGAAGAACAUCUGCCGUUCCUAGUUCGUUCAACAGCAAUUCAAGCUAGCAACGCCAUAAAUACCAGAAAACCUAAUUUUAAGGAACACUUUGAGGAGCGAUACUUCUAUCUCCAAUCGAUCAUCAGUAGUCAUAUGCAAAACACUACCUUUGAAGAUUUCGUUAUGCAGGUGGCCUCACCAAGACCUCUUCUUGGUCAGGAGAACUCCGAUCGUGGACCUGCAGCUGUAGCACCAUGGUUUCCAGUUCAUCUUGAUGUGGAUUCAGUGAGACUCCCGAGUAUCCCACAGAAAGAUGUUUCACCACUCGUCCGAAUGAGGCGGCGUGUGCUCAAUUGCAGCGAAAGUGUCUCAGGUGUAGAGGACUUUAUUGCUCCGGCUUCAGCCAGCGAAGAUUCUUCCAGAAUAAAUUCUCUCAAUUCGCCCAAUGAGGGUGAACUGUCCCUAACGGAAGCAGCUCCGUGCACCCUUUCCAAUACAUCAACUGCACUUACUCCCUCUGACGCACCACAGCAGGUCACCUCCAUGAAAGAACAGCCCCGAACAAGCUUCUUUAACCGCAUCUCAUUGCGACAUAAACGGCGCAACGCCGGCGCGCAGGGGCGUAGAGCAUCCGCGAGCAGACUUUUUAAUACCAACAACCACUAA